AUGAAACUUCUAACACUAUUUCUUUUCCCAAUUCUGAUUUUCGGAUAUCACGUAAUCAACAAUGAAUACAAAACUGCAGCCAAACAAUCGGUUGCUGGAUCAUCAGUUGGAGUUAUUUCACGAAAACCUAGAAGUAAGAAAACAAUUCAAUACUUCGUUUUAAAAAAAGGAUUGUUAAGGCCCACCUUGUAGAGAAUGGCAUCGACCUUCCUGUGGGCAAUUUACUAGAUGCUCAAAUGGAAGAGAGUAUGUUAUGGAUUGCCCGAGCGGCCUUCAUUUUGAUACAAGACUCAAAAUUUGCGAUUAUCCAGAGAAUGCAAAGUGUUGA